UUGCGUGCGAAAGACAUUUCCCGUCCGCUGUCUUAAGUGGACGGACGUUGGGAGAGAAUACAUUGAGGUCGUCAAGGGCGACCUCCAGCGAUUCUUUGUGCUUGAUUUCAACGAUCAAGCAAUGAACAGGUUUGUUGAGCAUCAGAUGCUCACGACCUUUAAAGAGUUCCGGGCCGACUGUCAUAAACAUUUCAAAAAGUACAGCGACCCGGAGGAGGCUCGUGCCAACCCACCAAACGCAUUGGUUGGACGUGAUGAGGAUUGGCACUUCCUCUGCGACCAUUAUAUCAGCCGUGCAUUCCAGGAGCAAUCACGGACAAACAAGGCUGCUCGACAGAAGCAGCCUUACAAUCAUAGUAGCGGGUCGAAGUCGUUUCUACAACGACAGUAUGAGCUCGCUGAAAGAAGAGGGCAGCCGGUCGAUCGUGUGGAAUUGUUCCGGGAAACACACGUUCGAGCUGGGACAUUCGUGUCGCAGGCCGCCGAGGAUGCGCAUGUAAGUUAUACCCUCACAUUCUUGCUUCUUUGA